ACUAUUGUGGGUCAGGAAAUCUUUUACAUUUUUACCAAAACGUAUUUCACAAAAUCACAUAACGUUAAAUGUUCCUUUUCAGAUUAAAUGAGUUUGUAUCAUGACUGCGCACAGAAACAUGUAUAAUGUUUUGGUUUAUUUUUUUUUAAUAUGUUUUAAAAAAAGCCUAAAAACUGUGCAACAUUUUUAAAAUAAUGCAUGGAUCCUCCUCAUAUUCUUAGUGGAACUUUUGUGGAAAAAUAGGAAUAGAAAUUGUGUUGUUGUAAAAAUAAGUAAAAUUUUGGUUAACGUUUAUAUCAAGAUAUACACUCAUAGUAUGGUUUCUGAAGAUGUGUUUUAAUUCAUGAAGAUUUGUAAAGAAGAGCUGCAAGUUUAAGAUGGGGCCAGAACAUCAGAUUCAACUUGCUCCUGCUGAAUUCCUCCACAAUAUUCAUUACUGUUUUCUAAAAGGGCAGAAUCUGAUCACAUUUUCCGUGAAACUGAUGUCCAGCGUGUCCUUACACAGACACAUGACCUUCCGCAUCCGCUGCACAGUGUACGCAUGUGCGUAAGUCAUGACCGCCUGACGCAGCGUGGUAACGCAUUGAUUUAUCUGGGCGCUGCUGCAUGCUGGAGUAAGUAGCAAUCUGCAUAUGGAUUAUGCUGAGGGGCUCUCGGCCUGACUUUUGAGGGAUUUCAGCACCGGAGCUGUCCCGCGCCGACGGACGCCGCUGCCGCGUGAUGCUGCGCCCGCGCCGCUGACAUCCUCCCUCUCUCCGCCUCUCUGAGCGCAUCUCUGUCCGUCCCUCCUCUUCUCUGCCUCCUCGCUGCUCUCCUCCACACGCACAAAACGCUCUGUCAUGGCGUCUUCCAACCAUGUUACCCCCACCAACUGUAGCUGGUGGCCCAUCUCAGCCACGGAUGAAGACGGCAAAGUCGCAGACGGAGAGGAGAGCGAGGAAGUCCCGGCGGAGCCCAAGCCCUUUAACAAAGACAGGCUGGUUCUGUACCACUGGACGCAGUCUUUCGCCUCCCAGAAGGUACGUCUGGUCAUCAGUGAGAAGGGUUUGGUCUGCGAUGAGAGGGAUGUGAGUUUGCCGCUGCAGGAGCACAAGGAACCCUGGUUCAUGAGGUUGAACCUGGGGGAGGAGGUGCCAGUCUUCCUCCACGGAGACAACAUCAUCAGUGACUACAACCAGAUCAUAGAUUACUUGGAGAAGACCUUUGUGGGAGACACGGUGGCUCAGCUGAUCCCUGAUCCGGACUCGCCUCUCCAUGAGCGUGUGCAGCAGUACCGGCAGCUCCUGGACAGCCUGCCCAUGGACGCGUACACGCACGGCUGCAUCCUCCAUCCAGAGCUCACCACAGACUCUAUGAUCCCAAAGUACGCCACCGCUGAAAUACGUAGGCACUUGGUAAAUGCUGCAACGGAACUGAUGAAGUUGGACCAUGAGGAGCCUCAGCUGACAGAACCGUACCUCUCCAAGCAGAAGAAGUUAAUGGCCAAAAUUUUGGACCACGAUAACGUGAACUACCUGAAGAAGAUUCUAGGAGAGUUGGCCAUGGUUCUUGAUCAAGUGGAGGCGGAGCUGGAGAAGAGGAAACUGGAGUAUCAAGGUCAGAAGUGCGAGUUGUGGCUUUGUGGACCUGAAUUUACACUAGCUGAUAUCUGCCUUGGAGCCUUACUGCACAGGCUCAAGUUUUUGGGACUUUCUAAGAAAUACUGGGAGGACGGCAGCCGACCCAACCUGCAGUCCUUCUUUGUGCGCGUGCAGAAACGCUAUGCUUUCCGAAAGGUCUUGGGUGACAUCCACACCACCCUCCUGUCGGCGGUCCUCCCUAACGCCUUCCGGAUGGUAAAAAAGAAGCCUCCGUCCUUCUUCGGAGCCUCUUUUCUCAUGGGCUCGCUGGGCGGGAUGGGCUACUUUGCCUACUGGUAUUUAAAAAAGAAAUACAUGUAGUGAAUGCCCACUUCUUGCGUUAAAUGUCUGUGUAUUUGUGUGAUGUUUCAACUUUUCUGUACUGUUUUAUGACUGCAGGAAAACAUACAAAUAUAUAUAGAGAACACUAAAUAUAACCUGGGUGAACAAAGAAAUAUUAAAACAUUCCACAGUAAGAA